AAAAAAAAAAAUUUUUUUCAACAAUUUUGAAUUAAAAAAAAAAAUUUAUAAAAAAAAUCAUGAUAAUAAUUUAAUCACUGAAUGAAUAAUAAUUUUUACGAAAGUCUAAUUUUUAUAAAGAAAAAAAAAAAAAAAAUUGUAUCAAAGAUUUUCGUAUUUUAAUGAAAUAAAAUGAUUUUCAGAUGAAUAAAUAUCUGUGGGCUGUUAUGCUACAUAAGUGGGCCAUAAACAUUUUUGAUUUACGUAAAGUUGGAGGGUGCGAUUUUGCCUUCGUGAAUUCAAUCAUAAAAUUGGAAGAUAUUUGUAAAGUGGUGGGAGUAUUGAGAGAAUUGAGAAAAGAGAUUGCAUUACAAAGUCUUGAAAUAACUUUAGUAUACUUCCAGAGUUCGGCGCUUAUAAUUCCAGUAUAGUCUCACAGCUUAUUUGAUAUAGAUGAAAGAGAGAAGAUAUGAGAUCUUUUUUUAAAUCUUAAAUCCACACUUCCCACAUUAUUUACAUCAAAUGUGUGAAAUUUAAAUUUAUUUCAAAAAAAUCACAUUUCUUUUGCAAAUUCACCUAAGAACAUUUAAAAAAAAAAAAACAAAACACGUUUUUCUAAAAUACGUGAGCACAUGCUGGAUGGUCUCUCUCUAAUAUUCUAAAACUCGAGGAUUAAUUUUAGAGAGCAUUUUAAGCAAAAAGAAGAUGAAACAUUACUGCAGUUUACAAAUUAUUACUCAUAAAUAACACCUACACCGAAUACAUCUUUGACAUAUAUAUAUAUAUUUUUUUGUUUGUUCGAAGAAUGGAGGAAGAUGAAGAAAUUUGGAUGGACGAUUUGGGAAGUAUUUCAUCAGAAGAAAGUUCAGAAUCUUGUGCACGUCCAAAGCACAGGCAAAUGUUUUAUCAAAAUCAACUUUGGCGUGAAGAGGAUAUAAUUCGUGCAAUUAGUAAUUUACCAGCUGGAGAAACGGCUCUUUCUCUUUUACCAACAUUAAAUGGAGAGAAAUUAGAUAAAGUUAUUGAAGAAAUAAAAAAUCUCGAUUUUUCUGAAACAAAAAUGAAAAAUCAAAUGUUACUUAUUCCUCGAUUUGCAAAUGGUGGAUUAAGAAAAGCGUCAUUGGCAGCUGAAAAUGAAACAGCCGCCACAGCAACGCCAGAAGAAUUAUUAUCAAAAUGGCCAAAUACUUGUCUAUUGGUAUCGUCAUGGUUGGGACAAAUAGAAUUGGUAAAAGUACUUUUGGAAAAAGGUGCCGAAGUUUCGUUUCGUGACAACGACGGCAGAACGUCACUUCAUCUUGCAUCGUGUAAUGGAUCAGUGAAAAUAGUUGAAGAAUUAUUGUCACAUGGCGCCGAUUCAAGUGAAUGGGAUUUUCACAAAAUUUGCACAUCUCUACAUUGUGCAGCAGCUUCAGGUGAUGUUGAAACAGUGAAAAUUCUUUUAGAAGCAGGCGCUGAUUUUAAUGCCGGAAUUUCUGGAAGAAGUCCUCUUCAUUAUGCCGUACUCAGUAAUAAUUCAAAUUGCGUUGAAACUCUCCUCAGAGCUGGUGCUUCGCCCAAUAAUCCUCAGGUUUAUACGGAAACUCCAUUACACGUGGCGGCAAGUUUAGGAUCAGCGACAUGUGUAAAUCUUCUUUUAUGUUUUGGCGCCGAUGUUCGCGUGCAAAUGGGAACGGCAAGAUCAACACCAUUACAUUUAUCAGCUGAGGAAGGUAGCGCUGAAUGUACAAAAUUACUUCUUGAUUAUCAAGCCUCAUGCGAUGCUAAAAAUUCAAAAGGACAAACCCCAUUGCAUUUGGCAGCAUUGGCACAAUCUGCCGAGACAAUGGAAAUUUUAAUAUCGAAAGGAGCGAACGUUAAUGAAGAAGACAAUGAUGGUAGAACGCCACUUCAUGCAGCUGUUGCAAAAUCAAUUCGAGGAUGUGAACUUGUGAAAAUGCUCAUACAAGCUGGAGCGGAAAUCAAUAAAGCUGACAAAUUUGGCUACACACCGUUACAUAUUGCAGCGUUGAGCGAAAGUUCAUCAACAGUGAUGCUAUUGGUGACAAAAGCAGCUGACGUUACUGCAAGAACAAAAGGUGGAAUAUCGGCAUUAAGUUUUAUAAUUCGACGAACACCUGAUAUUCUUCCACGAUUUAUUUCACGUUUAGAUCAGGCAAUUUCACUUCACGAUCAUGAAUUAGGUGAUGUUGAUUGUGAAUUGCGUUUGGAUUUUCGCGCUCUCGUUCCUGGUGGACGUGGUGAAACUGAUUUAAUGUUAUGUCUCGUUGAAGUUGGACAACGUCAUAUUCUUAAACAUCCAUUGUGCGAGAGUUUUCUUUAUUUAAAAUGGUUGAGAAUAAGAAAAUUUUUUCUCUUUAGUUUAAUAUUUCAUUCAAUUUUCGUUGCAAUGUUCACAAGUUAUAUUGCAUUUACAUUUUUUUGGAAACUCGCUCAUAUGAGCGAUAUUUUUUUUUGGCCUGUGAUUUUAUUUACAAUUAUUCUUGCGUGUAAGGAAAUUUUUCAAUUGGCACAUGGCGUUUGUAGUUAUGCAAAAGGAUGGGAAAAUGUUCUUCAAUGGAGUGUUAUUAUUACAUCGGGAAUUGUAUUAUGUAAAGUGUCUAAUGUUUGGCAUCAUCAUAUCGCUGCAUUGGGAGUUUUACUUGUUUGGGUUGAAUUAAUGAUGGUUGUCGGUCGUUUUCCAAUGUUUGGCAUUUAUGUUCAAAUGUUCACUCAGGUUGCUAUUAAUUUUUUCAAAUUUUUAGGCGCUUACAUGAGUUUAAUAAUUGGCUUUUCAUUAAGCUUUAGCGUUCUUCAUGAUAAUUAUAAAUCAUUUAAAAAUCCUCUUGUUGGCUUGUUAAAAACAAUUAUCAUGAUGUCAGGUGAAUUAGAAUUUGAAGAUGUAUUUUUCGAUGACAAAGCACGUGUUCUUUAUCCGGGUACAGCGCAUCUUAUGCUAUUGGCUUUUGUCAUUCUUGUGACGGUGAUUCUCACGAAUCUUAUGAUGGGACUUGCUGUUUCUGAUAUUCAAGAAUUAAGAAGAUGCGCUGGUUUAGAUAGAUUAAUAAGAAGAGCACAAUUGGUUGCACAUUUGGAAAAUUUAUUAUUUUCCAAACUUUUGGAUUUUGCGCCAAUGAAAAUUGUCAAAGCCUGCCGAUCGGGUGCAUUGUUACUUCAUUUACCGCAUCAUUGUGCAAUUCAUAUACGUCCAAAUGAUCCACGUGAAAAUCGUUUACCUCGUGAUUUAAUAAAAAGUGUCUAUCGUCUUGUUAGUGAGAGGAAAAAUAAAUUUUUUAAAAAACCAGAAAUGACGAGAAAUGGAAAUGAUAUUGGAAUUAGUGAUGUUAAAUUAAAUCGUCUUUACAGUAGUAAUUCUGUUAAUGACAGUAAUCGACAAUUAAGUGAAAUUGCCAAUGAAUUGAAAAGAUGUGCACAAACAAUUAGCACGCAAUUGGAUUCAUUGACAAAUAAAGUUGAAUAUAUUGCCAGGGAAAUUGAUCUGUCGAUAACUAAUUAGUUUUAAAAAUUAUUUAUGUGAAAUUGUAUUUUUUUUUCA